ACGACAACAGCAGCAGCAUGGACGCGUUCGGACCCGUAGCGAUCGCGACCGAGGCCACGUCCGUGUACAAGGACGAGUGCAUGAUCUCGUUCGACACGCCGUUCCUGCCCGGCGGCCUCUACACGAACCUCAGCAGCUUCGAGUCCUUUGGCGAGGACUGGGUCGAGCAGGACGCAGCCAAGACGGGCCAGAAGGCCUAUCUGCAUCAAAAGUACGUGCGCAUUGGCAUCGUCAAGCAGCCGCAAGGCGAGGUGACCAAGCUCGCGAUCGGCGUCGAAGGCGGUUUCCAGGAAGACAAGGUCGAGAUCCAGAAAACGUACACGGCGGUGCUCUUCAAUGGCGCCGAGAAGACGGGGUACCAGCUCUCGGACCCGGAGCUGCCGGCGCGCGUGCGCGACGCGAUCGAGGCGGUGCUCAACCACCAAGGCAACUACGUCAAGGAGCAGGUCAAGAGCUGGCAGCACGAGCUGCAAACGUCCGUGUAUGCGCUCGAGCUCGUGCAACUGCCCAAGGACGACUGCAAGCUCGUGUCGCCCAACCCCGCGCAUUGGGUCUGCUCGAGCGAGACGUGCGACAAGAAGGAGAACCUGUGGAUGAACCUCUCAGACGGCUUUGUGGGCUGCGGGCGGCAGAACUUUGACGGCACGGGCGGCUGCGGCGAGGCGCUGCGCCACUACGAAGAGACGGGCAAGGUCUUCCCGCUCGCGGUCAAGCUGGGCACGAUCACCGCGUCGGGCGGCGGCGACAUCUACAGCUACCCCGAAGACGACAUGGUCAUGGACCCGUACCUUGCCGACCAUUUGCGUCAUUUCGGCAUCCGCGUCGACGAGCUCACCAAGACGGACAAGACGAUGAGCGAGCUCGAAGUCGAGCUCAACAAGAACUGGGAUUUUGACUCGAUCAUGGAGGAAGGCAAGACGCUUGUGCCGAUCACGGGCAAGGGUUUCAUGGGGCUCACGAACCUCGGCAACAGCUGCUACGUCAACUCGGUGCUGCAGCUGCUCGUCGCGAUUCCCGCUGUCCAAGCGCGGUACCUCUCGCCGUCUUUGUACACGCCCGUACCGCCAUCGCCGGCCAAGGAUCUCCCGUUGCAGCUCUCCAAGGUUGUUCGCGGCAUCUACUCGGACCGAUAUAUCUCGGAGGAGCUGCGCCCGCUCAUGCUGCGCAGCCUCGUGGGCGAGAACCAUCCCGAAUUUAGCUCCAACCGGCAGCAAGAUGCGAUGGAGUACAUCCAGCAUUUUCUCGAGCUGCUCACGACGAAAGAGAAGUCGACGUCGCCGUCGCGGCUCGACGCGGGUCCGCUCGGUCGCCUCCCGACGUCGUCGCUCUUUGACUUUACCUUUGAAGACCGCCUCGAGUGUCUUGGGUCGCGCAAGGUCAAGUACGUGACCCGCCACGACAAUGUGCUGCAGCUGCAAAUCCCGCUCGAUGCGGCCGUGAACGAGUCGGAGGUCCAGGAAAACAAGCGCCAGCGCCUCGCGAGCAUCGAGAGCGAAGAGGUGCCGCAAAAGCAGAUUGUGGCCGACGUGCCGUUCGCGUCCUGCCUCGACAUGACGUUUGCGUCCGAGAUUAUCGACGGCUUCUUCUCGCCCGCGCUCGGCAAGAAGGGCCAGGCCGCCAAGUGCAUUCGGUUCAAGACGUUCCCCAAGUACCUCCUCGUGCAGAUGAAGCGAUACUAUGUCGCGGACGACUGGUCGCCCAAGAAGAUGGACGUGAGCGUGCAGAUGCCGCAAACGAUCCGCCUCGGCGCGUACCGCAGCACGGGCCUCCAGGACAAUGAAGAGCUGCUGCCGGAAGACGCCGGCGUCGUCGGCCCCGAGCCCGACAUGCGCCUCGUGAGCGAGCUCAUGGCCAUGGGCUUUUCGGAAAAUGGCUGCAAACGCGCGGCCCUCGCCACCAACAACGGGUCGGCCGAGGCGGCGAUGGAGUGGAUCUUUGCCCACAUGGACGACGCCAACUUUAACAGCCCGCCGACGCCCAAGGCGUCGUCGGCGACGAGCGCACCGUCGACCGAGAACCUCGUGGCCAUGGGGUUUACGCCGGCGCAAGCGGCCUGUGCGCUGCACCAUGCAAAGAACGAUGCGGACCGCGCGGCCGAGUGGCUCUUUAGCCACAUGGACGACCUCGAGAUGCACGUGCAGGCCUUUGAGAGCACCCAAAGCAACCCGAUGGAGAGCACCAACUGCGACGAGUACGAGCUCUUGGGCUUUGUGAGUCACAUGGGCCCCAACACCCACAGCGGCCACUACGUCGCGCACAUCAAGAAGGACGGCCAGUGGGUCUUCUUCAACGAUGCCAAGGUGGCCGUCUCGGACACGCCGCCGUUUGGCGCCGGCUUUAUCUACCUCUUUGAGCGCAAGCACUAAGACACCUCUUCCAUC